AUGCAUGGAGGUUUUGGUUUCGGCGAUAGAAAUGGUGAGAGGGUUGCCCUGUUGGACUUUGCGAGGGCUUUUGGGAUGGUAGUUGUGAACUCGAGCUUUUUGAAGAAGGAGGAUCAUCUGAUUACCUUCCGAAGCGCUUUAGCCAAGACUCAGAUUGACUUUCUGCUUCUUAGGAAGAGGGAUAAAGUUCUAUGUAAAACCUUUAAAGUCAUUCCGAGUGAUCAUCUUUCGACUCAGCACAGGCUUCUAGUGAUGGACUUGUUUAUCAAAAAGAGCAGGAAGAGUAGGGUCAGAGAGGGUCAACCUAGAAUCAAGUGGGGUAGUUUGACGCCAGUCAGUGCGCUGAAGAUAAGGGUGAUGGUGGCAGGAAUGGGGCCAUGGGAGUGUAGGGGGGACAUAGAUGGUAUGUGGGAUACGACUGCCAACUGCAUCAAGGAGACAGCUAGAGAGGUGUUAGGUGUCUCAAGGGGUCAGAUAGGUCGACAUAAGGGGAACUGGUGGUGGAAUGAAGAAGUUAAGAAAAAAGUGAAGACUAAGAAGGAGGCAUAUGUUAAGAUGAUCGAGAGUAAAGAUAAAAAGGAGAAACGGGUGAACAGGGAGGCUUACAAAGUGAUAAGAAUGUUGCGUGAGAAGCUCGCUUUGGGAGUGUUGUGUGAUAAGAAUAAUAAAUCAAGAAGAGAUAUUGAUGUUAUGUUGGUUCCUGUCAAGGCUAGAGAAUAUAUUAAUUCUACUAUGAUGCCCGAUGACUACGAAAGAGGCAAUGAUAUUAUGAUGAUGCCCGAUGAAUCAAAAAGAGGGAGUUCGUUUCUUGACUAUAUUCCUAUUGUUUGUGAGCUUCCCAAUAUGUUUCCUACCGAUCUACCUGGUAUGCCACCUGACUGUGAGAUUGAGUUUGUUGUUGACCUUGAUCCUGGCACCCGACCUAUUUUUAUGGAACCUUACUGUAUGGCUCCUGCUGAGCUUAAGGAGUUGAACUCUCUUCUCUAA